GCCCCAUGGGAUAACCACUGGCAGGGCUGUUUGUCCUGCUGCCAUGGGGACUCCCACUAGUUGUCAUUAAAAAGCAGCACUUGAGGCCUACUAUGUGACCUGUACCUUGGGGGAAGCCUGUGUCCUGCUGUGAUCUCAGUUCCUUCUGAGCAGAGAGAGCAAUACCAGCACCCAGCUGAAGAGAGAAGUUGCUGCAACAAGUCAAGUUUAAUUCAGUCAAGUGAUCUUUGUGAGAGCUUAAAGAUGGAUUCUCCCAAAGAACCUGCGCCUACAGGAGAGUUCAAGUGUCAGCUGUGUGGCUUAACAGCUCCAUACACAUACUACGGGCAGAAACCACCAAACACACACUCUGUUGUGAUUUUGGAAGACAGUUAUGUCAUGAAGGACCCUUUCACCCCUGACAAGGAAAAAUUCCUCAUCCUUGGGUCUCUGUGCAGUUUGUGUAGAAGAAGUGUGUGUGUUGGUGCAGAAUGUAGUCUGUUCUACACUAAAAGGUUCUGCCUCCCCUGUGUGAAUGAAAACCUACAGGCUUUUCCUUUGGAAAUACAAGAAGAUAUGGAUAAAAGGAAACCCCAGUCAAAGUCUAAGAAAAAAAUGGAUUCAAGAACAUAAAUACUGAAAGACCAAGAAAGAGAGACAGUUCUUUGGCUGAGCUUCCUCCUCUCUCCUUUUUAAGACUAUCAUGUUGCUCCUUUUGAAGUAGUGACCUUCAUUAGCUCACUGCUACAGAAAACAGCUACACGUUUCCCACUGGCUUGGCUUCAAGCAUCAUUGCGCAGCAAUUGCAGCACCAGCAGAAUGGCCUUAGGGUGCUGGAAAAGCAGAAAGAAUGUCAAAAAGGCCUGUUUGUUGACGUAUCAAAUGCAUGUAGUAAAAAACUGAGCAGUGUUAAAGCUUAGGAUCUAUGUCCAAAUUUCCCAUUUGCUAUUUUAAUGUGUUGUAUGGUUCUUGAUAAUCCUACAGUGUUAUGAAAAAUCUGAGAGAUGUAUCUGACUUAAUACAUCCAAGAAUGUAAUUGUUAACCUGUCAUUGUUAGCUUGGUAAGAUUACAGUGAAGAAGGAAGUCCAAAAUAAAACUGGUAGGACAAAACAUCAUAGAUAGCCACAGAAAUAUCUAAAUUCAAAAUUCCAAUAUCAACACUAUCACAGAAAGUACAUGCUUUUAUAAUGGCAACAUUUACAUUUUUUAAAAUAAUAAUUUUAAAAAGGAUACAAAUCUGCAGUCACUUUGCACUCAGUCUUCCAGUCCGUCUCUGCACAGUGAUAGAAGAGGUUACUUUGUCUAGUUUAUAGGAUUUCCUGGAAAUAGGGAAAUUCAGCUACUAAAGUCAAUUGUUUUCUGAAGCGGGCAAUUGAACAAUCAGGAUUUGAGAAACAUAGUUUUAGUAAAAAAAUAUAUAUAUAAAAAAUUGCUAGGAGAAAAAGCAAUUUCUUUAGUCUGUAUAUUGGCAUCAUGAAUGUCUGUGUUGACUUUGUCUUAAUUAUAAGCAAGAUUUAUAUGCUAAUAUAAUCAAUCAGUCACACAUCUUGAGGAUAUGUCCAGAGUGCUCCAUAAUCACCACAUUCAUGUUAUUUAUUCAUGCUUUUUUGGUCACUGGUUCAGAAGCAAUGUCUGAACCAGUCAGUAUCAAUGCCUCGGUUAACAUCUCUCCUUUUCUUUACUCUUUCAGCCUUAUCAUUUGUUUUAUACUUACACAAUCCUUUUAGGAGAAUUAGCCAUGUAUCUGUUAGAAGAAAUCAACAUAAUUUUAAUGGGUUAUUUUAUGUUGUUUAAGACUUUCUAGUGUCCUGGAAUCUUUCACUGUGUUUUUUACUGAACCUCAUGUAUUCGUUUCUGCUGUUGGAGACUGGAAUUUCUUGCAGUUACCAGAUGAGCAAUCAUGGAUAUAUUACAACCUUUUUCAAGCUUUAGUUGCACUUGAGUAUGAAAUGCGUAGACCUCUUUAAUUGCCUAAAAAAAAUACUUGUUAAAACUCAACAUUUCAGAUUCCUUUCUGCAGUAAUAAGAAGUUAGUCUUUCAAAUAAAGUGAUGUACAGCUUGCUUAAAA